GACGGGCGGGGCCGGGCAGCUGCCGGAGGAGGCCGGAAAAUGGCGGCUGGGGCCCAGAUCCAGACAAGGCUUUGGUGUGAGGAAUUCCAGGAGAGCAGUUUGAUCUAGUGGCCAGAGCACUGGACUGGGACUCAGGCUACCAGCGUUCUGUUCCUAGCUCUGCCACUGGUCUGCUGGGUCACCUUGGAUCUGAAUCACCUCCAGCUUUCUGCGUGCUGUUCCCUGGCUCUGAAAAUGCCUCUGUCCAUCCCCCACCUAGUCUGCCAGUGCUGCUUUUGGUGCAGAAGUGCCACACGACGGGCAUUUUCUACCACACUCUCAAACUGGUCUGUCCACAGCAAUUACUAUGACCUGCUGGGAAUCAAACAAGACGCCACCAUGGAAGAGAUCAAGCAAGCCUUCUUCACCAAGUCAAAGAAGGUGCAUCCCGACAGUGACCCCAACAACCCCGACCUGCACAGCCAGUUCAUCCGGCUGAACCAGGCCUACCAGGUGCUGAGCAAGGAGGGCAGUAGGAGGCUCUAUGACAGCCAGCGGGCCUGGCACGCAGCCUGGCCCACUAUGGGCAGCAGCCCCAAGCACAGCCCCUCUGACUUCACAGACCAGGGACCCAGGCCUAGUACCAGCAGCCGAGGGCCUGACGAGAACAUGCGCUACUGGGAGCAGUUCCGUACUCACCACUCCGAGACCUUCUCAGGCACACAGGCCAAGCAGAGGCAACGCUGGAACCGGCAGUUCUUUGGCUACUGUCUCCUCCUCAUGCUGGCCAGCAUGGCCGCCCACUAUGUGGCCUACAGGAAGCUGGAGGAGGUGCACAACAGCUUCAUGGACAAGAAGGACAAGCUCAUAACCAGCAUCUACAAUGAAUCCAAGGAGCGGGCCAGGGCCAAUGGCUUCCAGAAGCAGCAGGAGCUCCUGCGCCAGAAACAUGCUGAGUUCACAGAGCGCUACCGCAUCCGGCCCAGUGGGGACAGUGCCCAGAAGUGA